AUUUCCUACCGGUCCAAUGUCUCCGGGCCAUGGGAGGACGAUGAGUGGGAGCACCGUGUCCUCUUUUCGUUCUCCAUUGAACGAGAAUAUGGAGGGCAGGAUAGGACCUACACCUCCUUUACGCUCCACGGUCGACACCCUGGCUGGAUCCCAGCCAGCCUCGCCACGUGCGCGCUUACCGUCUUCCCCGGGUACCCUGCAGAGCGCUGGAAGCUUUAGGAAGAAGCCUGCACCUCUCGUACUCGUCGCACCUGACACCACUAUCUAUCCAUUGCCUCGUGGUCCUUUGCAUCCUGCCCUGCAAAAGGAUGCCCGUCCUUUGCAAGAAGAUGGCCUGUUAGAUGUCCCUACUCAGAAGAUGUCUAUCACGCCGAGCUCGAUUGGCCCGUCGCUAGGUCACGGAUAUCCAUCCACUGCGCCGCACGAUAUCCACCACUUCCCCGUCAAUCGUGCUGCAAGCCCGGCCAUGUCCAACUUUAGCAUGCCUCCCGGUAUCCCCCGUGCCUCGAGCACAUUCUCGCAUGCUGAUACAAUAUCCCUUGCGCCGUCUAGCAAGUACCACUCGUCUGGUGCGACCACGUCUCCACUAGAUCAGUAUGGGUUUGAUCGUCGGCGACCGAUCACCAAUACCCCCGUCGAGCCGCGGUCUGCCUCUCCUUCGGCCAGAUCAUUCUUCUCGAGAUUUAGAAAGGAUUCGCACAAAAAGGCCCGUAUACCCGGCACUACGCUCGAGAUGCUCAAGCAGAUGCCGGCAUCACAGUCCUCCGUCAACAUCGCUCUGACUCGCACUGGCGGCAUCAGCAGCGAGAAUGUUGCUCUUGUCUCGAACCAAAGCGGGCACAGUGGGAGCUCUGAUGCGGGCGUGUCACCUAUUGGCAUGACGCAGAAUACUCCUACAGCAGCUUGGACACGAUCCCAGCAGUCCGAGGAUCCUCACGUAAGGCGACUGGAUGGGCUGCUUGCACAGCAUGUCGAGUCCGAGCGGGAGAGGAUGCGACAGAUUGCCAGUGGGAUGGGUGCGCGCGCUCAGGCUGCCCCUCCUACCCGAUCAUAAUCGUCCCGUACGACCGGGUGCAUACC